CAAGUGCCCACUCUUUCAAAUUUUGUGUAGAUCUUUAGGGGCGUUGUUGUUUUGUGUUUAUAUAUGCAUGAUUGAAGAAGCUAUGAAUAAAAAUUUUGCUGUAAUAGGUGCUGGUGUUGUCGGACUUUCGACAGCUUUGAGCAUUCAGAAAGAAUUUCCAUCCAGCUCGAUUACAGUAUUUGCUGAUAAGUUUAAUAACGAUACUCUUAGUUCAGGAGCAGGAGGAAUCUUUCGUCCUGAAUUAAAUAUAGAGUUUGAUUCAGAGCGUCUCAGAAAAUGGUGUGAAGAUUCUUAUAAUCAUUUUGUUGAAUUACUUAAAUCUACUGAAUCUUCUGAAUCUGGCAUGUUGUUACUUUCUGGGUAUCAACUGAGCACUUCAUCAAGACAAAUAGAAAAUCCAUUCCUCCAAAGUUUGUUACCAUCAUAUAGAAAAGUCACUGAAAAAGAAUUAGAAACAUUUCCUCCUAAAUUCAAACAUGGAGUUUUUUUUACAACACCUGUCGUAGACUGCCGUUUCUAUUUACCAUGGAUGAAAUCUAAGCUUGAAAGUUCUGGGGGGAAAAUUGUAAAAAAGCACAUUUCAAGUUUGGCCGAGAUUCCUGAUCAGUAUGAUGUCAUCAUUAACUGUGCUGGUUUAGGUGCCAAAGGUCUUACUCAUGAUGAUAUGUUAGUGCCAAUCAGAGGACAAACUAUUAAAGUAAAAGCUCCAUGGAUAAAGCAUUUUUAUUAUGGUGAUGAAGUUUAUGUAAUUCCAGGAGUUGAAUAUGUGACUCUUGGAGGAAUAAAAGACUUUGGAAGCUGGAAUAUGAAUGUUAAUACAUAUCAGAAGCAAUUCAUUUGGGAUAAAUGCACUGAACUCAUUCCAAGUUUAAAGAAAGCUGAAGUGUUAUGGGACUGGGUAGGACUACGACCUUUUCGAUCUCAAGUACGAGUUGAUGGCUGCUUUGUCAAGAGCAACAGAAAGUAUAAAUUGGUUGUAAAUAACUAUGGUCACGGAGGGCAUGGAGUUGCCCUUUCUUGGGGAACAGCUCAAGAAGCUACAAGAAUUGUCAAAAAAUUGCUUUUAUCAAAAAGUAUUACAGCUUCAAAAUUGUGAAUUUUGUUCGAAGUGAAUAAUGUGGAAUCAAUUCCACAAUAAUUAUUUUCUUUAAUGUCUGUGAAAUUGAAAUUUACCAAUUACUGUUUUUGUUUUCGAUCAACGACUAUCUGCAGAAACCAGUGAUAUGCAAUAUUUAAAAUCAGUGAUUAAAUUGUUUAUAUUAAAGAAACUGUUUAAACACUAAUCUUCUUCCUACAAGCUUCUGGGACAAACAGUCAAUGAUUCAUUGUCAUGAGAAAGACCAAUGCAGCCAUUGAUCAAAAGCAGCUCUUCUACAGGAUUCCCUUAACAUUAGCUGCAAAGAAAUCUAGGUCAGGCCCAUGUGCACAGUACAAAUAUAUUGCAAACAAUGUCAUGAAGAAAAUUGGACACAAUUUAAUAGAGAAAUAGCCAGAAAAAUGACAAAAAAAGUUGCCACCUUUUGUAGUACGUAAAGCAACUUUUUUUUUUUACAUUGUUUCAAAAAAUCCAUUAAAGGUUUUUGAUAAGUACGUUAAUGAUAAGAUCCCAAAAUUACUCAAAACUUAUGAAAGCGAUAUGAUCAUUUUCUUCCAAAUUACAUUUUAUACUGUCGGGUAGCAAUGAUUAGCGAUGAGCAGUGACUAAAUGGCAGCUAAUUUGUCAAAGGAAAUAUCCUUCCCCAUUGCUACCAUAUCUUUAACUUAUGUAGUAACAGUGGCUGGUGAUCCAUUAUAAUGGAAUUCUUUUAUCAUCAGGGCUUUUCAGCUGAAAAUGAUAGUUUGUAGUGUGCUGGAACAGGGAGGAACUCCUAGAGAACAGAUCUGAAAAUCAAUGAAUAUGCAUAUAUUAUUUGAUCGACUGAUUUGUACAAAACCAUGGUAGCAUUCAGGGCCAACAAUUAUGCGGUCAUGCUGGAAGAAUAGCUUCAAGCAGUUCCACAGAAUUCAAAAUUAAGACAGCAAAAGGUCCUCUUGCCUUUGCAGUUCUUCUGAUCGACACAACUUUCAGAAUGUCUUGCCAGUAUUAACUCCUACAAUUUAGCAAACAAAGAAGAUCCUUUUUUUUGGAGAGAUAGCUAUGUAAUACUAGUCACUUGUACUAUUUCUUUUAUUGAACAUGAAGAAAACUUUAUUAUUAUUAAUUGCAGAUAAAAGUUUAUUGUUGAGGUAAUA